GCUGCCCACAUCCCGCCAGCGGCCUCCGCCCCCGCCCGGCCAACUCCGCCUGCCUGAGUCACGGCUGGAGCUGGGGAGGAGCCCGGGAAAGGCGGCCCCAGCCCAGUGGAGCCGGCGGCUGCAGGCUGGGCAGGCAAGGCGGUCAGGGAUCAUGGGCGAGAGCGCGUUGGAGCCGGGGCCUGUGCCCGAGGUGCCGGUGGGGGGCCCCGUGCACGCCGUGACGGUGGUGACCCUGCUGGAAAAGCUGGCCACCAUGCUGGAGACGCUGCGGGAGCGCCAGGGUGGCCUGGCUCAGAGGCAGGGCGGCCUGGCGGGCUCCGUGCACCGCAUCCAGAGCAGCCUGGGCGCGCUGAGUCGCAGCCACGACACCACCAGCAACACCCUGGCGCAGCUGCUGGCCAAGGCCGAGCGCGUGGGCUCGCACGCCGACGCCGCUCAGGAGCGUGCGGUGAGCCGCGCAGCCCAGGUGCGGCGGCUGGAGGCCAACCACGGGCUGCUGGUGGCGCGCGGGAAGCUCCACGUUCUGCUCUUCAAGGAGGAGGCUGAAAUCCCAGCAAGCGCCUUCCAGAAAGCACCAGAGCCCUUGAGCCAGGGAGACCAGUCCGAGCUGGGUCCAGAGCAGCCAGAGGCCGAGGUUGGAGAGAGCUCGGACGAGGAGCCGGUGGAGUCCCGGGCUCGGCGGCUGCGGCGCACCGGGUUGCAGAAGGUACAGAGCCUGCGAAGAGCCCUUUCGGGCCGGAAAGGCCCUGCAGCGCCACCGCCCACACCGGUCAAGCCGCCUCGCCUUGGGCCUGGCCGGAGCGCUGAAGGCCAGCCGGAAGCCCAGCCUGCGCUGGAGUCCCCGCUGGAGCCAGAGCCUUCGCAGGACACCGAGGAAGAUCCCGGGAGACCCGGGGCUGCCAAAGAGGCUCUGCAACAAAUAGAGAGUGCAGCCUGAUGGCUGGUGCUGCCCGCCUCCUCUGUGCCUAUGCCUUGUUCCAAAAUAAAUCCUUUCAGAAUGUAGCACUCACGCCCUAAUAAGGAGCGAGUCCCGCAUCUACAGCCCCUCUCUGACUCUCCCUUCCCAGUUCCUUAAGCUCAGUGCCCUGUGUCCUCUAAAAGAGGUGCAGCCACUCACACCUGCUUGCAUUCACCGUCAAUAAAAGUAAUUUCACC